ACAUACUUACAGCCUGCAUUGACACUUGGAAAUGUGCCACAGUUAGCAAUAGACUUGAUUAUCAAUACUUAUCAAUUGAAGAGAGUUGGAUUCAUACAUAAUGAGAAUGUUGUGCCUUUGAUUGGCAAUGAUACAUUCGAUUCAACAACAGAAGGUGGACAACAACAAGGUACAAUGUCACUAAGUGUUGAGGUGUUUCAAUCACAGCAAGCCAAGAUCACACUGGUACAACAACGAUCACCUAUAUUGGAAGGCUGCAUUCACAAGUUUGCAAACAGUCUGCUACAAUGGUACAAGCAGGCUGGAUUCAGGGAGCUUCUGUUCCUAGCGAGCACCAAUGCCAACAAGCGAACCGACUCGCAGUUGACUGGAACACAGCUGAGAUAUGUUGCUGCCAAUGCCGCCGCCGACUUGACCAAGUCGAUUGAGCGUGCCGAGCAACUGUGUUUGGUACCACGCAUGGAGACUGAGGUGGAGGUCGAUGGUGACAUCAUCCAACUGAGUGAUCGAUUGACUGGACUUGGUCGUGAGUUGAUGCGUUCGUCAAACAAUACCCAGCCCAACAUCCCAAUGCUAGCACUUGUCCUCUUCUGUUCGGAAGGAGAGAACACACCAGAUGCAAUCAACAUGGCCAAUCACUUGGCCGUCUACACUGGCUUGGCAAACAAGGGAGAUAAGAUCGAGUUUAAGAUACCAUCGAGCUGGAAGCUGCUCCAAGGACCAUCAUUUGAUCAAUCUUUAUUCUUCUGA